ACGGUGACUCAUGAUCCAGCAUUCAAACAUCAAGCAGCAGCACAAUCCUCUCUCUGCGUCUCAAGAUAGAAACCACCCAAACAAUGGAUAAGUUCAAAGAAGAAUUUCAGAGACGUCUCCAAAAGGAAGUAUAUGGCCUGAGGGAGGUCACUAUCCUUGAGCAUUGUGGUUUCAUACUGUAUUUCUGCCUCAUUACUUCUCGUGCUGGAACUGAUAUUGAUGCUGCAAUCAGGGAUCUUAUGCUUGUGCAAGCUGACAAACAAGUCAUUAUUGCGGUGCUUUAUCUUACAAAUGAACCUGAGAAAACCAUACCAGACACCAACAAUGCUAUAAAGAAAGAGAACACAUAUUUUGUGGACUUUCUGUUCAACGAGGAUGAAGGGUUCAUGAAUUGUCAGAAGAAUAAAGACGCUAUUAAUAGACUUGCAUGGUACAUCAAGUCCAAGAAUCUGACUUCAUAUUACUUGCAAAGACAGCACUCAGAUAGCCAGCACAAAAGACAAUUUGAUUUAGAGGAAAGAGUAAAGAAAAUGUACCAACGCCUACAAGCAGAAACUAUUACAGGAAAAUACUACUAUGUACUUGAGUCAUGCAGAACAGGCAAUUUAUGGAAGGAUAUUUUAAGUCAUCUCCAUCGACAAAGACGCCAUUUAGAGGAGGUGUACAGUGUGGACAAGUGUGAUGUGAUUUUGGUUUUAUGCCCUAUUACAUCACGGAUAGGAGCUGACAUUGAUGCUGCUCUCACAAAACUUAAUAACUUGUCAGCAUCCAAGCCAGCCAUUUUUAUGGUGCUGCAUCACACUUCUGAUCUUGAUAAAGUUGUACCAGACAGCGGCAAGUUUGUAGACAGGAUGCAAAUGCUUGUAGUGGACUGUCUCUUCAAUGAGGAUGCUGGAUUGUUGACAUGCAAUAUGAAUGAUGAAGCACUGGGCAAAGUUGUUUGCUGUUUCCAGCCACAGAAACAAGGGAUUAUUUAUAGACUUAUCAUCAUGAUUGUUGUCGUCUUUGCUGUUUAUAUAUUAUACUUUUGAGGAAGAAUGAAAGAUUAAAAUGAAGAAGGAGAUGCUUAAAGAAGUGGAAUGAAAAACCUGGAGCGUCAGAUGACGUAGAACACAAAUUAAGACAAUGUCUGAAUUACAUACUUUCUGAAAUCACAGAGGAGAAAUUGUUGCUCAUUGAUAUUAACAACUUUAAACUAAAACAAGCUGUAAACUCUUCUAAUGUUAAUAGGUGCAUGCAAAUAGAUAAUUGAGCUUUAGCCUGCAUGAACAACAUUAGUACAAUGGAGACAUUAUUGGGAAGUCAUGUUAGCACCAAAUUGCUACUAUUGUAAAUAGAAUGAAACUACAACAUAACCGCAGCAUUAAAAACAUUUUAGGUGCUCAAAGUUAAUUUAAUUGAAUUAUAUUUUUUCAUUAGUUUGCAAAUUAUGAAAUAAAAUAUGUCCUGAUUACAAA